GUUUACCAUUUAUUGAAAUGACUGCAUGGAUGAGUCCGGCUAUCGAGUGGGUGUAGCCGUAGAAAACAGACCGCUUUGUUGGCUGUCUAAACCACACUGUUAUGCCAUCUCAUCGUGCUUUAAAUAAUCAGCUAAACAGUUCAGUUAACUGAGUACACCGAAUAACUUUGGCGGCUGAGCUCACUGCGGUCCCUCUUUAAUUCUGUAACGUUAGUUGGCUACAGUAGGCUAUGAGGUUGGCUGUGGUCGCUCCUUCGCUUCACAGUACUAGAAGUGAAUCACUUGGAUGCUCUGCAGUUUAAAAUAGAGAGGAGUGUCCUGUUACUAGGACUUUUCGGAGCCGCCAGAUUGUGCGCCUUAACGCCGAGCUUCUCCUGGUAUUUUGAGACAUUAAUCGCAUGCUGGAAGGGUGAAACGUAAUGCAUCUGCAUCUGUUGUACAUGAUUAGUUAGCCAUCAGAACUGUCAGAGACAGAGCAGAGAGCUGGUGUUAUGCCUUUAGUAAGCGAGGUCACUGAAAACAUUUAUGGUGCCCUGUGGUGGUCUAGAUUUCCAGUGCUUUAACAGACUGAGAGAGCAGAAGUGUUGUAUUUGGUCCUUAAGAAGAAGAUGGGAGCUGUAGUUUCUCGUUGGAGGACACAACCAACCACGGUGGAGGUACUGGAGGGACUUGAUAAGGAUAUCCAAACACUCGAGGAGCACAGAGAAAAGAAUCAAAAACAGCUGAAGUUAUGGGUUUACAGAUUACUUCUGUAUUCAGCUCUUCUGUACUUGAUAGCCUGCAUAGUCGUUUAUGUCUGGUACAUCCCUGAACAGCUAAUUGGAAAACUUAUAGUGGCAUCACCCUUUUUAAUAUUUCCAUUGCUAGUUUGGCUUCUGAGGAAACUGUUAAUUGCGUUAUAUACAAGAAGGACAGAACGAAAUGAUGAGAAAUUGGAAGAACUGAAAGCUGAGAAAAAGAAAAUACUUGAGCAAGUGAUGGAAACGGAAACAUACAAAAACGCCAAACUGAUACUGGAAAGGUUUGAUCCAGACUCAAAGAAAAAGAUUGAGCUGGAGUCUACACCUGUCGGACCUCCUAUGACUCCAAGACAAGGUCAAGAGCUACGUCAAAGGCAUGUGACUCCUCGUGCUCCCGUUGCUGUGACUCCCAACCCAGCAGUCGCAGCACGUCCUCCCCUUGCCCCUACAGCCUCAGCUGCCUCCCCUGCCCUGAUCUCAGCCCCUGGCGGUCCCCCAGAGAGAAGCCUGUCUGCUGCUGGUGCCCACCACAACCUGAUGAGGAGACCUGCCACCCCCACAGGCACCCCUGUCCCUGGGAUGGGAAUGCACCCUCCUGGGCCACCCCUGGCUAGGCCUGUCCUUCCACGUGAUAGAGGAGCUAUGGACAGGGUCAUUGAGUACCUAGUAGGUGAUGGGCCACAGAAUAGAUAUGCUCUUAUAUGCCAGCAGUGUCUGUCUCAUAAUGGCAUGGCUUUAAAGGAGGAAUUUGAAUACAUUGCGUUCAGAUGUGCUUACUGCUACUUCUUGAAUCCUGCCCGGAAGACACGCCCCCAGGCUCCACGCCUCUCAGAAUUCAGUGGCGAAGGCAAGAUGAGCCAGGGGCCAUCUACUGUUGCCUUGGAGACAGACCCGGGUGCCCCUGCCUCUGCCUCAGAGGAUAAAUCAGAACCCUCUGGUCUGGUGGAGGAGGUGAAGCCUAGGGAGCAUGAGGCAGAAGAAAGCCAACCAGAAGACGAGAAAAAGAGUGAUCCAGAGCCCCAAACUACAGUCUCAGACCUACCAGAGAAAUCGGGCAAUGAAUUAGAUGUGUCUGCCAUGGAGGUGGAGUAGAGUGUUUCUACAAAUCUGCUGUCACUCUGCCAAGGUGUGCGUAUUUAUUUGUGGUGUAGCAUUGUGCUUUGAGGGCCAAUGGCGGUUUUGAUUUGGUUUACUUUUCCCCCUUGUUUUUGUGUUUGUUUGUUUGUUUGUUUUUGUUUGUUGUUGUUGUUGUUGUUGUUGUUGUUGUUAUUAUUAUUAUUAUUAUUAUUAUUAUUAUUAUUAUUAUUAUUAUUAUUAUUAUUAUUAUUAUCAUCAUCAUCAUCAAAAAUCUGGGGGAGAUGCGGCAAGCUAGUCGGACAAACGUUUGGAAGUCUGACAUACCAAUAGUGCAAAGUUAAAUUUUUUUUUUUGUGUUGCUGUGUUGAUUUAGUUUUUGUAUAAAGGUGGAUGUUAAGAUGAUUUCAUGUUCAACAUGGUUAACUAGUUAUACAAUAGCAGCUUUCUUUGACUGUUUACAUGUCUUCAUUCUAAAAAAGCACCAUGAAAUGACAUCACAAUACAAUUCAUCUCCUUAAUGAAUGGAUGUACCAUGUUUUUAGGUUCUAAAAUUACUUUAUGUCGGAGGAAAAAAAAUCGUGUCAGUACUGUUUGUUUUGUGACUGAAUGUAUUUAAAGCUGUUUUUCAACCUGUACAAUAAUGCAAAACUCCCAUCUAUUCUUAGAAAAAUAUUUAUGAUAUUUAUA